AUGAAACGCAAUGCCAAAAGGGUGGCAAAUCUUAUCCACCAACUAGAUGAAGAUGGAGUUUACUAUCCAGAGGUGGAGCGUUUUAAGGAAGAUGUAAGUUCAGACUUGGGGAGUGGAGAGUCUUUCAUUCCAAUAGGGCUUGAAAGUAUUCAGCUGCCAAUUCAUGAAGAUGUUUUUCAAAUACCAAAAUUUGGUCAUAGAGGGGUGAUUAUGGAUACGGGCACCGUGAGUAGCUUCCGGAAGGUGGCUUAUGAAGCGUUAUGUGACGCUUUUGUUGCGAAAACCACGAAUGUCCCUCGGCUACCUGGAGUAGAAAUGUUCGACACAUGUUAUAAUUUGUCUGGGUUUGUAUAUCGUAUACCGAUCAUAUCGUUCUAUUUCUCAAGUGGGACAGUUGUGAACAUCCCACCAAAUUACUUUUUAAUUGUUGCAGAUGGGGGAAUUUCUUGUCUUGCAUUUGCUUCAUCCUUUUCUGAUUUAUCUAUUAUUGGAAACGUCCAACAAAAACAAAUACAGAUUACAAUUGAUACAGCUUCUAUCUCUGCAGGAUUUGGUCCCAACAAUUGCUGA